AUGGUGCUCGACUACAGUAAAUGGGAUGCGCUGGAGCUGUCGGACGACUCGGACAUCGAGGUGCAUCCAAAUGUUGACAAGCGAUCCUUCAUCCGAGCAAAGCAGAAUCAGAUCCAUCAACAACGGCUCCAGCGUCGCCACGAGAUCGAGACGCUGAAGUACGAGCGAAUAAUCAACGACGGGCUCCUAGAACGCAUUGACAAGCUACUUGGGGCACUUCGCCAACAUGAGGGUUCUACUCGCGAACCAGAAGAACUGGUGUUCCAGUCUCUGAUCGAGUCUGCAGGGGAUCCUGCGGCUGACCAACCCCCAGCUCCGCCUGAGGGAGUUCAUGUACACAUCAAGGAGCAGCCUAAGUAUUCUCAAAUGAUGGGCUCGCUGGUGGACCAGGUCAAGAAAGAGGUUGAAGACGAUAAAUCAGGAAACCGAUUGCAAGCGUACAUCACAGGGGUUCAUGGCCACAAGGACAAGGUGUUGGGGCUACAACAAGAACUGCUGAAGAAAUUGGCGGAGCUGGAGAAAGAGGAAACUAGUAAAAUCACCAGCAACGAUAUACACACUGGCUUUGACAGCUCAUUUGUGACAAAACCGGCAACUUCGGAGAAGGCAAAGGCUUCCACCGCCGGUCAAGCGAAGGUUGAGCUUUUAAAUCCAUCAUCCGCAGCAAAGGAUACGUCAAUCGCUCAGUCCUCCGGGACAGAUGCUGACGUUGAAGAUGAAGAUGAGGAAGCUGAUAUCAAAGUCAGUGAUCUCGCUAAACAGUUUGCCAAAAUACCAAUAGCGGACUAUAAAUCCAGUCUUCAGUUUAUCUCAACGCACCCCGAAGUGGUGGCCGAGAGUGAGACGGAUGGUCUGUUGGUUGAAGCAUUUAACAGCCAGAUGGAUGGAAAUGCAGAAUAUGCUCGUCAAUGCGUACACCAUGGUCUUUUACUUCAGUACUGUCGCUCCCUAGGUCGCGAUGGCGUUGCUCUUUUCUUCAAGCGAAUUACGACCAAGGACCACCAAGCUGGUACACUUUUCAGAAACGACGUGAAUGAAACAUAUAACAAGAUCAAGACCCGCGCUGCGGAACUAGCGAAGAAUAGAAGCCCAGAGAACGACCCUGCUGGUGUCGAGCAAAUUCAAUUGCAUGCCGUUGACCCAAACACUAAAAUUAACAUCUCAAUACCCCCGGCAGACAGCACCAAUCCAGAAGAAAUCGAAGCACGCAAUAUUUUCGAUUCCUUCCCCCCAGGUCUGCAACGAGCACUGCAGUCGGAAUCUUUGGACGAAGUGAAUAAAGUCCUUGGCAAAAUGAGUGUCGACGAGGCAGAAGUCAUCGUGGAUAAACUUGGUCAGGGGGGCAUGCUCAGUCUCGAGGAAGGUAUUGUUGAUGCUACGACUGAGGAAGGUAGGAAGAAGCUCGAGGAGAUUGAGCGUGAAGGAAAGAGGCAAGAAGUCAUCGAGGAGAUUGGCGAACCAGCUGAAGAUCAAUUGGACUGA